AUGCAACGUGGUGCUUUCAGACAAACAUGGAGUCGCAAUAAUGACAAUGCUCCUGAUGUUAGUCAUGUUGGAAUUCAGAUUCCUAUAUCUAAUGAAUUAGAUACAAAUGAAUCAGAAGUGCGAGCUCCUAAUAUUGUACCACCAACUUCAAGUAGAGCACAUCCACCUGGUAGUACAUUUACCACACGUUCUAGAAGGAGAAAAAUUUCAGACCGCUCAAACUUUGGUGGGAGAACAGUAACAUGCUCUAGAUGUCAAGCAAUGAUGUGGAUGGAGGAAAAAUCAGUGUUAGAUGGAAGGGGUCCUUAUGUUUUUCGUAUUAGUGGAGCAAAUUUUCAUAAAAUUGGUUCUCUACUACCGGAACCUGGAACAAGGCCUAAAUUUGCACAACUCUAUAUUUAUAACACUGAGCAUGAAAUUCGCAAUAGAAUGGAUGCUAUGAAUAGGUGUGGUGGCACAUCGGGAAUUGAUACGUCCACAUUAGAAGGUUUAAAGUCAAUGUUGAAUGUCAUCAAUCAUAUCACUACAAAUCGUGACAUAAUUGUUAGAAAAUUAGAUGGACAUUUACAAAGGAUUAAUGAAACACAUCCUUCAUACAUGCCACUUCAAUAUCCAUUACAUUUUCCCUAUGGGACUGAUAGAUGGAGAAGGUCUAUAAGUUUUACUCUGGGUACAAACAACAAACGAGAAGGAGUGUCAAUGAGAGAGUUUUAUGCAUUUAGACUUCAAUUUCGAGUUGGAGAAGGGAAAACGCUAUUGCAAGGGGGACGUUUGUUCCAACAAUUUGUUGUUGAUUGUUAUGCAACUAUUGAGCAAGAUAGACUAAACUUCAUUAGGCAUAAACAAAAUGUGUUGCGGACUGAUUUGUACAGAGGUUUAGAAGAUGCUGUGACUGCGGGUGACAGUGAUGCAUCAACCAUUGGUAGGAGAUUUAUACUGCCAUCAUCUUUUACAAGCGGCCCACGAAAUAUGGUUCAGCAUUACCAAGAUGCGAUCGCAAUAUGUCGAAAGAUGGGAUUUCCUGACCUUUUUGUCACAUUCACAUGUAACCCAAAUUGGUCAGAAAUUCAACAGGAGAUAACGCACAUUCCAAAUCGACGCACAGAGAAUAUACCGGAUAUACUUGCGAGAGUUUUUCGAAUUAAAAUGAAACAACUGAUGGCAUAUUUCAAGAAUCGAAAAUUCUUUGGCAAAAUAAUUGCAGAUGACAAGAUAAAAUCUCCAGAGGAAAUUGAUAAUAUAAUUUGUGCUGAAAUUCCUGAUAAGGAUGAAGAUCCAUUAGCAUUUCAAAUAGUGAUGAGGUGCAUGAUACAUGGUCCCUGUGGCAGUGCUAACCCUAAUGCCCCAUGUAUGGUGAAUGGAAAAUGUUCAAAACAUUAUCCGAAGAAUUUUUGUAGUGAAACGAGUAUUGAUGAAAAUGGAAUUGCUAUCUAUAGGCGAAGGGAUACAAAGAAAAAAUACAUGGUUAAUGGAUUUGAAAUUGACAAAAGAUGGGUUAUUCCAUACAACCGUGAUCUUAUUGUACUGUAUGAUGCCCAUAUCAAUAUUGAGCGUUGUGCACACAGCAAAUUGAUCAAGUACUUAUAUAAGUACAUACAUAAAGGUCCUAAUCGUGCAACGGUUGUAAUUGAAGAUAAUGUUAAUCGACUUAACAUUGAUGGACAAAGUCGGUAUAGAGAGGCUGAUGAGGUGAAACAAUACUUAGAUUGUCGAUAUAUCUCCGCAAUUGAAAGUUGUUGGCGUAUAUUUGAGUUUGAAUUGCAAAAGCAAUACCCUUCAGUUGAACGGUUGCAGUACCAUCUACCUGGGGAACAAUCUAUUCUAUUUAGAGACACAGAUAACAUUCCAUCAAUUAUUAAUCAGCCGGGGGUUCACGAGACAAUGUUUACAAGGUGGUUUCAAGCAAACAGAGAUCAUGUAGAGGCAAAUACAUUAACAUAUGAAGAGUUUCCUAGCUCAUGGGAUUGGAACCAGAAACAGAAGAAAUGA